AUGAGCUUUCCGUCAGCUCUGGCGAGCACAUCUCGCUGCCUAAAAAGAACAGCGCUUUCACAACGUGCGACGCCUGUAACGCAACCGCAAACUCGGGGCAUUUCUUCCUCGCCGUACGGGCGUACACACGUCUGGAAACACCGCCAACGCAAGCUCCCUAACCCAUUCGUGCCGCAGUUCCCCCAGCGUGUCGUACGCGCGGACGGCUCGACAUUCAUCCACUACACGACCUCGCCGCGCUCGGUGUUUCGCCUCACGCGCGACACGACGAACAACCCGCUUUGGAACGCCGCGCGCUGGACGAACGAGGGCGAGGAGGAGGACCUUGUCACGGGCCGUCUUGGGCGGUUCAAUAGGCGGUUUGAUGGGAUGGGUGGGCAUGCCUCGGACGUGGAUUGGAUGUCGGAGAGCGAGGGGAGCGGUGAGGCGAAGGAGAUAGCGAAGGAGGCCGCUCGGGACAUCGCCGAGCAGUCGAAGGGCGCGAAGGGGCGCAAGCGGUGA